AUGGACCAGGGCAUAAUUGAAGAAGAGUUCAACACCUUGGUUGGAUUUUCGGUGGAAUUAGUCUCCCCAGAAGGAUGUAUUGACUUGCCGGUUACAAUUGCGCAGGACAAUACACAAGUCACGCAGAUGGCCGAGUUCGUCGUGAUCGACGGGAGGUUGGCCUACAAUGCUAUCUUUGAGAGACCUGUCAUCCACUCAUUCCUGGCUGUUCCCUUAACGCUUCACCAAGCUUUGAAGUACUCAACUCCCAAUGGAGUGGGCACAGUCCGAGGAGAGCAGAAGAUGUCGAGGGAGUGCUAUGCUUCUGCACUAAAAGGGUCGUCGGCAUGCGCCCUUGAAAAACAAGCCAAAUGUGCUGAAGAGCAAGACUUAGAGGCCGACCUACCAAGGGAAGGCAAAAGGGAGUUCUCUGCACCAACAGAAGAGCUCGAGCUUGUUCCUUUACUUAGUUCUGAGAAACAAGCAACCCUCGAAUUAGAGCCGUUAGGGUUUUUGUUGUCGGUUUCUACACCAUCAGAGUCGAUUUUGAUCGCUAGUCAAAAGGUGAGGGCAGGUGAGUUGUCUUUUGAUAAUCAGACUCUAAGGGCAAGACUGAUCCAGCUGGACAUGCAAGACUUUGACGUUAUUUUGGGCAUGGAUUGGCUAGCUACCAACCAAGCCAACAUUAAUUGCUCGAGAAGAGAAGUCUCCUUCCAACUACCUUCGGGUCGGAACUUUACAUUUAAAGGGGUUACGGGUAGAGUCCCAAGGACAGUAUCAGCAUUGAAGGCAAGGCGCCUGUUGCAGAAUGGAGCUUGGGGAUAUUUGGCCAACGUCGUCGACAUUAGUAAGACUCCACCUAGUAUCGACUCCGUUCACGUGGUCAGGGAGUUCCCAGAUGUGUUCCCCAAUGACCUUCCGGGGCUACCCCCUGUUCGUGAACUGGAUUUUUGUAUCGACUUACCACCCGGGACAGCUCCCAUUUCAAAGGCACCGUACCGCAUGGCUCCAGCGGAACUUAAGGAGCUUAAGGCUCAGCUGGAAGAGCUCUUAGACAAAGGCUUCAUUCGCCUGAGCGUGUUUCCUUGGGGUGCUCCCGUGCUGUUUGUGAAAAAGAAGGAUGGAUCUAUGCGACUUUGUGUUGACUACCGGGAUCUGAACAAGGUGACAAUAAAAAAUAGGUUCCCCCUUCCUCGCAUCGAUGACCUCUUUGACCAACUAAAAGGAGCAAGGGUGUUCUCGAAGAUAGACCUACGAUCGGGGUACCACCAGUUGAGGAUUAAAGACGCCGACAUACCUAGGACGGCCUUCAGAACCAGGUAUGGGCAUUAUGAGUUUACCGUUAUGUCUUUCGGACUCACUAAUGCCCCUGCGACAUUUAUGGAUCUCAUGAAUCGAGUUUUUAAGGAAUUUUUGGAUCUGUUCGUGAUCGUGUUUAUCGACGAUAUUUUAAUUUACUCCAUUACGGAAGAACAGCACGAAGGGCACCUGCGGCAGGUUCUUACCGUUUUGAGGAAGAACAGCCUGUACGCGAAGUUCUCGAAGUGUGAGUUUUGGCUGGAUAAGGUGGCUUUCCUUGGCCACAUAAUCACCAGGGAAGGUAUUGCUGUGGACCCGGCCAAGGUAGAGGCGGUCAGUGGUUGGCCAAGGCCUCGCACAGUGACCAAAAUCCGCAGUUUUCUCGGCCUAGCCGGCUAUUAUAGAAGGUUCGUCCAGGAUUGA